AUGCAAGCUGAGGCCUGGGCCUUUGGCCUGCUGACCGAGAGCCUCCCGGCUCCUCCCAGGGCCAGCCCGGCAGAGCCUGAGAGCAGCUUGGCUCUGUGGCUGGAGGCCCCGGGGGCCCUGGGCACCUUCAUCAGGCUCCUGGCCUGGAGGUGUCGCGGGGCCACCGAGCUGGCGGGUGGCGCCCAAGGCACUGCAGAGACAAGGGCCAGCCCAGUCACUCGCGGGCCCCCUGCACCUGGCGGGAGUGACGGCCGGCUGUGGCCAUCUGGCCUUGGUCAUCAGGGCCUGGGUCCCCCGGCCGCGGAGGCCGUCCGGAAAGGGCUGGGGCGUCCUCCUCCCGCGGCACAGCCCCCCAGCCCCAGCCAGGGAGCCCCAACCCUCCCGCUACUCCGGCUGCGACCACGCGACUCUCAGCACCGGCCUGGCCAUGGCAUCCCGGCCACCACUCUGCCUGCCGUCCUCGGGGAGCAGCGGGCAGCAGUGCUGAGCACUGACCAGGCGCCCACUCGGUGCCCACCCCCCUGCAGCCAGGGCCGGGCAGGACGUGGAGUGGACCCGGGGGCUGGGGCCUUGGGGGCCCCCUGCGUGGCUGCAGGGCGCCCAGCUCUGCUCUCAGUCCGCGCCCCCUCGGCCCGGCGUCCGGCGUCCGGGGUGGAGCGGCUGGCGCGCGCAGGCCUGAGUCACCAGUGCGCAGCCGCCGGCUUCCGGGAUCCGCGGACCCAGCCCACUUCCUGGGAGGUCCCUGUCGAUUCCAUCCCCGACAGAGAUGCCCUGAACCCGGGCUCGGCACGGCUCAACCCGACAGGGGAGCACACCGCCCGACAAAGGGGCAGCGCCCCUCCUCCGCGCCCUGCCCGGCCCCGCGCCCCGGCCUCGCCUCCCCUCCCCUCCGGCGGCCCAUCGGGGACUUCCUCUCCCCUCCUGGGGCGGCCCGGGGACUCCUGGGGCACCGCGCCGCACCUGGGCGCGCAGGAGGCCGCCCCGACCCAACCCCCCGGGCCGGCCCGCGCCUUCCCGCCCGCGCCCCGCCCCCACCGCGAGCACGUGCUGCCCCGCGCCCCGAGCGCCAGCCUCUGCCCGGUGGGGGCUGGGCCGCUGCCCGCGCGCCCCGCCCCCACCGGAAACAUUCCUGAGGCAUUCCUGAAACUUGGAGGCCCGGCCCGCCCGCGCGCGGGGCUUCGCCUGGCGCCCCCUCCCCCGCCGCGCGACCCCGGGAGAGGAGGGGGGCCGGGCCGGGCCCUCGGCGGACCCGGGAGGAAAAAGGGGAGCAGAGAAAAACAUGAGUCACGGCCGUGUCACUGGGCCGCAUUGCGAUUCCCUGCAUCACAGGAGGUGUGGAGGGCCGCCUCGGGGACCGGGCGCGGGGAAGUGCGCCCCGCUCCCGCCAUCUUCCACCGGGCUUCCUCCUCGGCCCGCGCAACAAGUCUUUGUUGGCCGGGCCUGCGAGGGACACGGCGUGCGCACGCCCUGCCCCUGCCCUCCAAGCGCUUCCAGCCGACCUCCCCUGAGCCGGGGCUGCGCUCCUCUAAUUGGGACUCCGAGCCGGGGCUAUUUCUGGCGCUGGCGCGUCUCCAAGAAGGCAUCCGCAUUCGCGACCGGCGGCGCAGCCAGGCCGUUCCCCGGCACCGCCGCUCCCGGCAGCCCCGCGCGCACUGCAGGCCGGCGGCCGAGCUCGCGGCCCGGCCCGGCCGGGCGCCCCCGCCGCCUCGGCCGCCGCGAGAGAAGUUCCGAAGUGCGGGGGCGCCGGAGGGCUCGGCCGCCCCGCGACCCCACCUCCGGCCCGGCCCGCGCCUCCGGGCCCCCGGCCGGGCCUGCCCUCCGCCCCCACAAACUGGUUUCGCGGCUUCGGCUCGCUUCCCGGGGGCGGGGGGCUCCGGGCGCCGGGUCCCUGCCCGAGGCGCCUUGGGUGCCCCCUCUGGCAGGAAGUGGGGCCGGUGCACCCGCGUGGCGGGGCAUGCGGUCGGGGUGCGCCGCUUUCCCGCGCCUGCAGGCGGCCGCGCCCCUCCCCCCGCCGCCCUGCAACGGUCGCCCGGGCGCUGCAGCGUCGCCGGCCUCGGGUCCGAGCCGGCGCGCCGGUGA